AGCUGCAGGAGCUGAAGAGGAAGAUCGACGAGACGACGAAGAUCUCGUUCGAGUUCCUCGUCACUGAGGUCAAGGAGGUCAGCACGGCGUGUGCUGGGGCUCAGGCUACGGUGGCCAACCUGGGGAAGGUGGAGGAGAAGAUGGAGGAGGAGGAGGAGAGGGGCCAUGUGCGCAAGUUCAUGGAGAAGAUGGGCGAGUUUCUGUCGAGCGCAGCAGAGGAAGUGACGAAGAUGGGAGAUGAUCUUUCUCGGAUGCAGCAGGAGCAUGCGCAGGUGGCUGCAUAUUUUGUGGAAGACUCGGGAAAAUUCAAUGCAGGUCAAUUCUUCGCUGACCUUCAGACUUUCCUCCGUGAGCUCUUGACCUGCGGGGAAGAACUCAAGAAUGACGCGAAGCUGAUUGCGAUCCCUCCGGAUCAUUCAUUCUUCUCCAAGGAUGCAGACACUGCUUCCUCCCACCCCAAGGAGGACACUGUGGAGGAGGGCGAGAACAGCUCUGUUCCUCCUUCUGAUCCUCCUCUUCCUCCUCUGCCUCCUCUUCCAUCCGCCGACGGUUCUUUGCCUCCUCCUCCUCCUCCUCCUGGCCUGGGACUCCCUCCUCCUCCUGCUCCUCCUCCUGCAGUCAAGGAAAAGAAAAGCAAGAAACCAGCCAAAUCUCUGCAG